AUGGCGCUCCAUGCUGACAUGGACACACUGACCUAUGAUGAUGUGCAUGUGAACUUAACUCGGGAAGAAUGGACUUUGCUGGAUCAUUCCCAGAAGAGUCUCUACAAAGAUGUGAUGCUGAAGACUUACGCGAACCUUGCUGCUAUAGGCUACAGUUGGGAAGAAGAUAUGAUUGAAGAACCUUUUCACAAUUCUAAAAGCCAAGGAAGGCAUAAAAGAAGCCAUACUGGAGAGAACACCUCUGAAUAUACUCAGUGUGGUAAAGCACUUGCACACAACAGCCAUACUCAAAGGCAUGACAGAAUUCAUACUGGAGAGAAACCCUCUGAAGAUAUUCAAUAUAGCGAAGUCUUUGUACAUCAUAAUACUCUCCAGAUACAUAAGAGAGGUUAUAUUGGAGAGAAACCAUACAAAUGCAACCAACGUGAUAAGGCCUUUUCAUGGGACAGUACUCUUUGUAUACAUAAAAGGACACACACUGGAGAGAAGCCCUAUGAAUGCGACCAAUGUGGCAAAGCCUUUGCAAGGCUCACUAAUCUCUACAUACAUAAAAGGACACACACUGGAGAGAAACCCUAUGAAUGCGACCAAUGUGGUAAAGCGUUUACACAGCACAGUCACCUCCAUAGGCAUAAAAGGACACAUACAGGAGAGAAACCCUAUGUAUGUAACCAAUGUGGUAAAGCGUUUACACAGCACAGUCACCUCCAUAGGCAUAAAAGGACACAUACAGGAGAGAAACCCUAUGAAUGUGACCAAUGUGGUAAAGCGUUUACACAGCACAGUCACCUCCAAAUACAUAGAAGAACUCAUACUACUGAGAAACCCUACAAAUGCGAUCAGUGUGAUAAAGCCUUUCCAUCGCGUCAGGGUCUUCGUAUACACAAAAGAACACAUACUAAAGAGAAGCCCUAUGAAUGUGACCAGUGUGGAAAAGCCUUUGCACAGCACGGUCACCUCCAAACGCAUAAAAGAACACACACUGGAGAGAAACCCUAUGAAUGUGACCAAUGUGGUAAAGCCUUUGCACAAUACUCAAGUCUCCAAACACAUAAAAGAACACAUACUGGAGAGAAGCCUUACAAAUGUAAUCAGUGUCUUAAAGACUUUGCAUAUCUCAGUAGUCUCCGAAACCAUAAAAGAAAACAUACUGUAGGGAAACACUAUGAAUGUAACCAGUGUAGUAUAACCUUUGCACGAUUCCGUCAUCUCCAAACACAUGAAAGAACACAUGCUGGAGAGAAACCCUAUGAGUGUAAUCAAUGUGGUAAAGCCUUUGCAAAACACAGUAACCUCCACAUACACAAAAGAACACAUACUGGAGAGAGACCCUAUAAAUGUGACCAGUGUGGUAAAGCCUUUGCACAGAGCAGUCAUCUCCAAACGCAUAAAAGAACACAUACUGGAGAAAAACACUAUGAAUGUGACCAAUGUGGUAAAGCCUUUGCAUGUCACAGUUACCUCCACAUACAUAAAAGAAUACACACUGGAGAGAGACCCUAUAAAUGUGACCAGUGUGGUAAAGCCUUUGCACAGAGCAGUCAUCUCCAAACGCAUAAAAGAACACAUACUGGAGAAAAACACUAUGAAUGUGACCAAUGUGGUAAAGCCUUUGCAUGUCACAGUUACCUCCACAUACAUAAAAGAAUACACACUGGAGAGAGACCCUAUAAAUGUGACCAGUGUGGUAAAGCCUUUGCACAGGGCAGUAAUCUCCAAAUGCAUAAAAGAACACAUACUGGAGAGAAACCCUAUGAAUGUAACCAAUGCAGUAAAGCCUUUGAAUGUCACAAUCAUCUCCAUAUACAUAAAAUAACACGUACUGUAGAGAAACUCUACAAAUGUAUUGGAUUUGUUAAAGCUUUUCGACAUCAUAGUCAUUGUGAAAUGCAUAAAAGAAUUCAUACUAGAGAGAUAACUUAUGAAUAUAUUUUAUAUGUCGAGGCCCUACCACAUUUCUAUGGUCUUCAUUAUUAUGGAAGCACUCAUGAUGGACAAAAAUUCUAUGAAUGUAUGCAGUGUGGUAAAGUCUAUUAUAAGGUCCACGUAAAUCCAACACAUUUCAAAACACCAAGUCAAUGCAUAUUUCAAGAAUUUAUUGUAAUCCAGCUGCUACUGAUCCAUCAGGGCUGCAGAUCAUACUUGUGA